AUGGCAUGGCUUGCCGAGGCGGAUCCCGGUGGAUCCUGGUCCGAAAGCACAGAGUUCCGAAGGUCCCAAGAUCUGGGGGAAGUGGGCGCCAAGGCCUUAUGUUUGGACAGAGGCAAGCCCAGGCGCCCCAACCUAUGGAUGGCCGGCCGCGCUGGGGCUGUGGUGGGCGCGCGGCGCCGGGCGCGUUCCCGCGCCCGCGCCGGGCGUGGCUAUGACCGUACCCGUCCUCCGGUCUAUCUCUCACAGCAGCGGGUCGGCAGCCACCCUGAGCGCUUCCAAGCCCUCGCGCCAGUCACUGUGUCGGCUUUCCUGGAGGGCUAUGGCUACGAGACCAGAGCAGAUACCGACAUGUGGCUGGUGCGUCCGGGCGUCUCUGCAACUCCCAUGCUGAGCUUCGACGUUUCCGGGCAUGAGGAGCGUGGAGGUCACACUUGGUAUCAGCUGAAAGUUUGCCUGGAGGUCUCAGCUGCUCCGCUACGUUGGACAAGCGAGCGGCGCUUGUCCACCUUGAGAGAAGAGCUGCACGAUCGAGUCAAAGAUGUCUUGGGGCAGAACUACGCUGCACACUUCUCCAAGACGCCUUUUGCGCUGAAAGGUGGUUUACCUGGAACCACAGCGAGAUUGACAGCGUGGUUCGGAGCCCUAGCGAAGGUGGUGAACAAAGGUGAAGCCCCACCGUCGCUGGUGGCUCUGCUCCUGCAAUUCUUGGAGGCCCCAGAUCCACCAGAUCCAGAGCCCGAAGAAGAUGUCGCUAAGAUUUACAUGGAGAAAGAGGAGAAUAGCUCCUCUAAAGAACCAGUUCCUCGGAAGGACGUGCCGGACGUGCCGGAAGUACUGGAAGCGUCCAAGCCACCAGAUGAGUCUGAGCUCGCAGAGAUCGAGAUCAGCCUCAGUGAGUGAGGCAUCAGGUGCACAGACGCCUGGUUUUCAGCGGGUCUGCAGUGACUUAAAUAAACUCGGAAAUGGGUUGAAUGGAG